GUGUGCUUGGGUACACCCAAAUCUGUCUAUUUUUUCUUAAUUUUCACUUAAUACAACAGUUAGGAUGCACCUCUCAAUGCCAGCAAAUCUUUAUGCUUGUGUAUAUAUAUAUACGUUCAUCGUGCCAUGAUGGCUACUAGUAAAGACAAGUUAUAACACAGGACUCUUUGCUUCUCUUCUGUGAUCAUAGAGCUUUCCACUUGUGACUGCUUUCCCAUCUCCCUUCUUAAAUACACCAUUGUUUUGACUGUUUGGAGUUGGGAAAUAAAUACUUCUUUUUCAGGUCUGCAUGAUACUUAAAAGCCAGUAACAGUUUGUGUUGCUUGCCCAGAGAACCCUAGCUGACUGAAGAUGCCUUAUGCCAUUCAUGAGCAUGAAAGCUGUGCAACAAAUAUCUUUUAAUAACUGCUUGAACAAACUGCCAAAAGAAGAAAAUGGAUGUUCAGACAAGCACUUCCUUUAUUGAGAGUACAUUGCUGUGCUUUCUGGCCAGGGACAAGCAGUUUGGCAAAAUAGUGUAAAUACUUCUAAGAAAUGUUUAUUGGCAUAGUAAUUCCUUAUAAAUAAACCUGUUUGAUAUUGUAAGAGCGUGUUUCAAGACAUAAAUUUCCCAAUUGUGGAAUAUAGAGCAGUAUUCAGUCAUUAUGUGCUUGGUGCUGGAAAGUUAAAAGUAAAGCCACUGAAUAAAGAAAGGAGAAGCUUCCUUGCUAGUUAUCUGGGGUCAGCUUGAGGAAGUAGAACACUUGAGAGCUGUAGCCUCUUCUACAGGUAGAGAGUUCUGUUGGGGGGCAGUGGGGUGAUCGUUUUGGAUUAGCUUGGGGAGGAAAGUAGCUAAUUUUUAUUUUGGAGCAUCAAGAAACCUUGGUUUUAGGAAUAAUAAUUGUUUAAGAAGCUAGAGCUUUCAGAUACAAGUUCUUGAAUGGUGACCAAGAAGAGUUGACUCACUUUGUUCACUGGAGUAAGCCAAAUUGCUUAUAUGAAUCCCAUAGCUAUGGCCAGAGCACGAGGUCCUGCCCAAACUUCAGGACCAACAAUACAAGACUACUUGAACAGGCCAAGACCAACAUGGGAAGAAGUGAAAGAGCAACUAGAGAAGAAAAAGAAAGGAUCCAGGGCUCUGGCUGAAUUUGAAGAAAGGAUGAACGAGAAUUGGAAGAAAGAACUGGAAAAACAUAGGGAGAAGUUACUGAGUGGAAACGAGAGUUCCUCCAAAAAAAAGGAGAAAAAGAAAAAGGAAAAGAAGAAAUCUAAUAGGUUGUCUUCAUCUUCCUCUUCUUCAUCAAGCUCUGAUUCUUCCAGCAGUUCAUCUGAUUCAGAAGAUGAGGAUAAAAAGCAAGGGAAGAAAAGAAGGAAAAAGAAGUAUCGCUCCUCACGGAAAUCUUCAACAAGCUCAACUUCUGAAUCAGAGUCAGACAGCAAGGACAGCACAAAAAAGAAAAGGUCAAAGGAAGAUUAUGAAAAAGAGAAGGAAGGCAAAAAUCACCGCAGGAAAAGGAAGAAAGCCGAUCGUGGUGAUGGACCUUUAUCAUCAGAAUCCUUGUCAGAAUCAGAUCAGACAGAGGAGGUGCAAGCAAAAAAGAAGAAAAACAGCGAGGAAAAAGAUAAAACAGAUAAAACAAAAAAGAGAAAGAAGCACAAGAAACAUGGAAAAAAGAAGAAAAAGAAGAUUGCUGGUUCAAAUUCAGAUUCAGAAUAAUAUUUACAAAAAACAAGACUAUCAACAGAAGUGCAAUGACUAAAGGAAACUUAAACUGUGAAAUGACAGCAAACUUUACCGAACUGCAUGAGUUUUCCUGUGCUUAAGAAAUACUCCUAAUCUUUCAGUAGCCAGCUAGAUGCAGCUGUGCUGGAAAAGACCAUUGUUCUUGCCUGCUGCUUAAUACAUGAGGUACAACUUUUAUAAAAUUCCAGUAAGCAGUGAAGCAGUGUUAGAUGUUUGGAACAAUGCGAGAUGGUAGUCCAGCUGAGGUGUAAAAUACUGGAAAAUAAAGAGAUAAAUUUUUAGAUAGUAAAAGUAGUCUUUCAAAGCAUUAGUAAUAGUCUUUAUUUGUAAAUCAGGACAAAUAAAAUCCCAAGUUCAUCCUGCAGGUUAAUAUUAUACAUAAACUAUUGCAAGCUGGCAUCUGCUAAUGGCAUUUCCAAAACGGGAAAUUAAUGAUAACAUUGAAAGUGCUGCCUUUGUAGAAAUGUUGAUCAUCUGCCCCAUUACCGUCUUCAUGCUUACGAGAAAGGGAAUGCUCCCAUGCUGGCUAACUGGAUAGGGUGCCUUUGCCUUUGAUCCUUGCAAAUCUCUGCUAUAUUUAAUCCAUGCAGCAUCUCUGAUUCUAGGGAAGCCAGAGCUGUUGUCAGCAGACUUUUCUGAAUAAGCAGUUCUGGGCUUCUAAGCAUGUGCUUCUGCAUUAAGCAAGAGCAAUGACAGUUUGCAGUAUAACUGACAUUCAAACCUGAAGAUUUUACCUCUGCUUCGUUGAAACAGCGAUGGAUCUUUGCUAGUAAAUACGCGUAUUUCAUUUAAUGUCAUUUUGGUUUCAUUGAACACUUCUUGCAAACACUGGUAGCUUUCUUUGCAUUAUCUUCAGAAUUGUUUCGCAUGAUUCGUACCAUUUUUAAAUUAACAAAAUGCAGGUAAUCACUUGUUGUAACCAGUUCUAUGAAUUAGGUUCCAUGUGCAGAGUUUCAUGUAUGUAUUUAGUUAUUCUUAUAGUUAAGUUCAUUGCUGUGUUUAAGUGCACACUUGCUGAAGAUACUUAGCAUGUAAAAAGCAGGGGUUUGAUAACCUUAACAGCUUCAUAUUGAAGCUGAUUUACUCUAAGCAAGUUAAGUGGCAGAUCUGUUACGUGAUGUGUCUUGUUAGAUAAAAGAACUACUGCCAGAAUCUCAUUAAAGAUACUGUUUAAACAGUUUGUAUUUAUAUUUUUGUACAUGAGGGCUACAGAUUGUUCACCUAAAUCACAAAGCUGUUUUACUUCAAAUUAGCUGCUUCAAGAGCUGAAAAAAAAGCUUUUGUAAAUUAAAUGUGCACGCAAGAAAACACAAGCAACCAUUCGAUUUUAGUUUUUACAUGAAAUUCUCAUGGUAUCUUCCAUUGAAGUACCCAUUUCUGGGCCUCCUGUUAGCCUUUGAGAACUGCCCGUCCAUCCUCAAUGGUCAACUAUAGAUUGUACUCCUGAUUCACCCCUUUUUUCCUUGCACAGGUGCUAAUUUAGAACACAGUCUCUGUUGCGUACAGAUGUUUCAAAUAUUGUAUUGCCAAGAAUUUCAAGACCUGUAAGACGUGUUAUUAGUCUGCAAACCGUGACUAAAAACUGGGGGAGAAAGGUGGUAUUUUAUUGCCAUUCCACAGAAAAAUUGACUUUUCAAGUCAAGUUCCUGGGAAAAUACAACCGUUGAGUUGUAGCAAUGUUCCUCUAAACCAUAGUAAGAAUAUUUUUAUCAAAUAUUUGAUACCGUAGGGCUUGAUGUUACCAAUUACAGACACUGUUUUUUGUCAGCGAGCUUAAAAUAAGGCAAGAUGCAGUGAAAAGUAGGGCUUUGGUUUGGGGUUUGUGUUUGGUUUUGUUGGGGUUUUCUUCUUAAGUUGUGGUGUUGCAGCUUUCACAAAACAAUUUGUAAUGAACCAUAGCAUAAACACUCUGUCCUGUGUGAUACCUUUUUUGACUUUUACACAACUACCUGCAACAGAAGGAAAUAAAAAUGGAAAUUACA